AUGGAAAUGCGGCGCUGCGCUCUACUUACCCUACUGCAGAUCGAUCGAGCGAAGAGAAAGAGGAAGAAGGAGAAGGACGGCGCGACGACAUCUCGACCGCCGCGCAUUCCCGAUUCCGCAGCGUACAAGGCGCUGGAGGAUCUCGUCUCGCCUCACAUCGAUUCCUUCGACUACUUCGUGCAGCGGGGACUGGUGGAAGCAGUGAAGGGGAUCGCGCCGGUGGAGAUCGAGCAGGGUUCGACUGGGAAUAAGCUGAUUUUGACGCUCGACAAGCCUGUUGUCCAACCGCCCGUGAAGGAUCUCAAGGAGAAGGCAAUGGAGCAUCGUCUUCUUCCAAAGGAGUGCCGGCAAGGGUUCUUGAGCUAUACUGGCGCGCUCAAUAUCCAGCUUAUCUUGGAUUACGGUUCAAUGACUAGACACCAUCAACUUUCGCUUGGAAAGCUGCCUAUAAUGUUGAAGUCGAGCCUUUGCCAUUUGAGAGGCUUGUCGCCACAAAAGCUUAUUUCUUUGAAAGAGGAGGGCACGGAGAUGGGAGGGUACUUCAUUGUGAAAGGAAUUGAAAGAAUCAUACGAAUGCUCAUUGUACCGAAACGAAAUCAUAUAAUUGCUAUAAGGAGAAAUGCGUUUCAAAACAGAGGAGCAGGAUUCUCUGACAUCGGGUUGAUGAUGAGAUGUGUGAGACCAGACCAAACAGGGUCAACUAUCAAACUUUACUACCUGCAUCAUGGCACGGCUAGGCUUGGUUUUGUGAUUCGGAGGCAGGAGUUUGUGAUUCCGGUCGGAAUAAUUUUGAAGGCGUUCAUGGACACAAGUGACCGAGAAAUUUUCGAGCAGCUGAGUGGCAUCCACGUCCAAGGGCAAGAGCAGUCCAAAGGUGCAGUUGGAAGCCAGCUUAUAAGUCAAAGAGCAAGAAUCAUUAUUGAAGAGACGCAACGACAACCUUGCCUUACACGUUUGGAUUGCCUUCGUUAUAUUGGUGAAACAUUUCGGACUCCUUUGGAGGCGCUGUCUAGUAUGUCCAACGCCGAGGUCGGAGAGGAUGUUCUGAGGAGAUUUGUCUUUGUACAUUUGGACAAUUUCCGUGAUAAGUUUAACUUGCUCAUUCAUAUGCUGCACAAGCUUUUUGCGGUUGUGGAUGGGUCGGCCUCGAUUGAUAGUUCCGAUACUUUACAACAUCAGGAGCUCUUACUACCCGGACAUCUGAUGAAUAUCUAUUUGAAGGAUAGACUAGAAGACUGGCUUUACAGGUGCAAGAGGUUGUUGCAAAGGGAAAUGCAACUCAAGGAAGAGUUCGACUUAAGCGACCAUGCAAAGGUUUUAAAAAUUGUGGAGAAAAAUAAUGCUGUGGAUAUAGGCAAACGGAUUGAAUAUUUAUUAAGCACUGGAAAUAUUCAAUCCCAGUCGCAUAUGGACCUUCAGCAGGCAAAUGGUUUUAGCGUGGUAGCCGAAAAGCUGAAUUUUUUCAGAUUCAUAUCUCAUUUUCGUUCCGUCCAUAGGGGAGCUUUUUUUGCAAGACAGAGAACUACAUCCGUGCGCAAGCUACUACCAGAAUCGUGGGGAUUUCUUUGCCCCGUUCACACUCCCGAUGGUGAACCUUGUGGGUUGCUCACUCAUUUAAGCUCAUUGUGCAAAAUUUCCACUGACCUCGAUCAAAAUAAUCAUCCCAAGGACCCCAAGGUUAUUCAUCGAACUAUUGCUACGGUGUUAGCUCAACUCGGCAUGGUUUCGAUUUCACCUUUAUUGGCGUUGUCAGGCCCUCCCAAGUAUCUGGCGGUUCUCCUUGACGGGUGUGUACUCGGCUAUAUGCCGGUUGGAAACAUACCUCAAACCGUUUCUCACUUACGAAGUUUGAAAGUGACCAAGGGUUCUCAGGUCCCUAUCGAUCUAGAGAUUGGAUAUGUUCCUUGCACGUAUGCUGGAGCUUACCCUGGCUUGUUUCUGUACACGACGCCAUCACGGUUUCUUCGCCCAGUGAAGCAACUUGAUACAGGAGCUAUUGAACUUAUCUCUGCCUUCGAACAGGCAUACAUGGAAAUUGCAUGCCCCGACGGAGGAAAUUGCGGUCGAACACCUUCAGCUCCACCAGCAACUCACAUUGAACUGCAUCCGACGGCUAUGUUGAGUGUGGUUGCAAGCUCAACACCUUGGUCGGAUCACAAUCAAAGUCCUCGAAAUAUGUACCAGUGCCAGAUGGGAAAACAAACGCUAGGCUUUGCUUCACAGGCUUUGAAGUUUAGAACGGAUCACAAAAUGUACAAUCUUCAGAACCCUCAGUCUCCUGUUGCGCGCAACGUUAAUUACAAAAAGUACAACAUGGACGAAUUUCCACUUGGCACCAACGCUGUUGUUGCAGUGUUAGCGUACACAGGUUUUGACAUGGAAGAUGCUAUGAUUAUGAACAAAUCAUCGAUGGAGAGAGGUUUAGCACAUGGACAAAUCUAUAAGACCGAGCAUGUCGAUUUAAGUUUGCUGCAAAAAAAAUCUGAUGGAAUUGUGAACCUCUUUUCAAGACCAACUGGGAAGAGAAAUAUACAUAAUUUUCUUGACGUGGACGGUCUUCCACACAUUGGCCAGACUAUGCAUAAUGGAGAUCCUUAUUGCAGUGUUUUGAAUACAAUGACUGGUGAUGCGAAGCUACAUAAGCUUAAAGCUGCAGAAAAUGUCGUCAUAGAUUCCGUCAUUGCCAUCGGGCAUGGCAGAGACCCACUUCAAAAGAUCGCUGUGAAGUUCCGCCAUGAUCGAAACCCGGUUAUUGGUGACAAGUUCAGCAGUCGCCAUGGACAGAAAGGAAUUCUGUCACAGUUGUGGCCAGAUAUCGACAUGCCAUUUUCGGCUGUCACCGGGAUGCGUCCCGAUAUUAUUAUCAAUCCCCACGCAUUCCCGUCUCGUAUGACGAUCGGUAUGCUUAUGGAGUCUAUGGCUGCCAAGGCCGGCGUUCUUCGAGGCGAGUACGUGGAUUCGACUCCCUUUAGAAGCAGCUCAGCAGCUUUAGAUGCAAAAGAUGGUAAAACAGGAAGCGGCUACAAGGGUAAAGAUAAGCAUUAUCCCGCGAUUAGUGAGUUUGGGGAGCAGCUGGCACAGCACGGUUUCAAUUACCAUGGCACCGAGGUUAUGUACAGCGGUUUGCUAGGAACGGAACUCACCUGUGAGAUCUUCAUCGGUGUUGUGUAUUAUCAGCGACUGCGACAUAUGGUUUCGGACAAGUUUCAGGUCCGCUCGCUCGGUGCUAUCAAUCCCGUCACUAGACAGCCAGUAGGUGGUCGCAAGCUCGGUGGAGGCAUACGUUUUGGAGAGAUGGAGCGUGACUCGCUACUUGCACACGGUGCAGCGUAUUUACUACACGAUCGAUUGCACACAUCCUCCGACUACCACGUUGGAGACGUGUGCACCACUUGCGGGAGUCUGCUGUCAACUCUGAUGGUACCCUCAAAGCAGCCCGCAGUCGGUGCUCGGAACAAACCCAAGAAGGCUACCUGCAAAGUCUGCCAGUCGAAUGCUGGAGUCGUCAAGGUUGCCAUGCCAUUCGUCUUCCGGUAUCUCGCAGCAGAAUUGGCAGCCAUGAACGUGAAGCUUACCCUCAAAGUUGCUUCAGCAUAAGGAAUGGACCACUGUACUUGGAGCAAAGGACCUAGCAUGGUUUUUGGUCCUUGAAGGAGCGGACCCAGCCCUUUACUGAGCAUCUCCAGCUCCACAUACGCUCCCUGCCGUCAUCCGGGCAUCCUCAAGCCUUUAUCCAGGCAAGCGCUCCUUCGCUGGCUUGGCUCUUUUUCUUUGCCUGUUUUCCGUCAAUAUAUAUGGCGUUGGAACAAAGAGCCUUCCUUUAGAAGACAAGACGAAGAAAUGCUAAGAACCGUUUUUCCUUUUUCUUCGAA